UCUUGCCUGGUUAUAUCAAGGUAAACCAACUUGGUGUCUGGUUUUAGGACUACAACGAAACUGGAACGGAAGUGAAGUAAUUAAAGUUCAGAGUUCAUUUUGCGUCAACACAUGUGCGUCCGCCGUAGCCAUGCGUUUUGAGAUAGAAAACUUAUAUGUUAGCACUUUGUAGUUCUUUGUAAACAUAAAAAUGCCUAGACACGUAUCAUCUUCAUCAAGUGAAGAUGAAGACGACAAUAAUACUACAGAAUCCCCUGUUAAGCAAAAAGAAACCGAUAAGAAGACCACCAGGUUCCAGUGUCCUGCUGACUUUGUGUCUUUCUGCCAUAAGCCCUGCAGCACAACUCUCACCGAGAGUCUGACGGACCAUAAUGAGUUAUGGCUCAUUAAAGCUCCCGCCAGCUUUAACCCAGAAUGUUUCAGUGGCAUUAAGUUGCCCCUCUCAGGUCUCCAGACCGUGAAGGCUCCUGCCGCUGCAGGCGCAGCCAACACUGGGGGGGGCCAGCAGAUCUACAGCAUCCUGGCGUCCACCCACGGUACCUCAGACCUGCGCCUGCUCACCAGCGACAAGCAGUCGUCCGAUGCCGUGGUUUUUGGCCCCACGUUUUCAGGCCUGCUAAAUGUGUGUGAGAGCUAUGGAGACAGCAGGGCAAACCGGGCCCCUCAGGUCAUCCCCGCCACUCCAGCACCCUCCAUACCCCCUGGGCUGAGACAGCGGUUCCAUCCGUUCGGCAGUAAGACCCCCACGCUGACCUGCGUGGCCGAGAGCGAGGCGGAUGGAGCCGCCUUUGGGCCCUCGUCUGCAACCCUCCGCCCCCUGGUAGUCAAACGAUUCGUAGAAGAAACAUGGCAGGAGGAUGAGGAGGAGGAGGAGGAAGGGAGGAAAAAGAAGAAGAAGAAAAAGAAAGAAAAGCGAAUAAAGGCAGAGCAUGUGGAGGAGGCGGAGGGGGUGGUGAGAGUGAAAGAGGAACCUGUCGCUGAACCUGAAGUUCAGGAUGAAGUAAUGAUGGAGCUACCCUUCCAGGAGGGCGACGUUUUGGAAGAGAGGAGGAAAAAGAAGAAGAAAAAGAAGGACAAGGAGCGAGAGGACAGGGAGCGAGAGGAGGUGGAGGAGGGCUUGGAGCCCAGUGUGAGGGUGAAGGAGGAAAAUGUAACCGUGAAAUGUGAACCAAUAGACACUUUGUAUGGGGAUGUUGUGGAGGGCUUGGGAAAGAAGAAGAAAAAGAAGAAGAAAAGCAAAACUGAUGACGACUAGUCUGUCGUCACUUUGUUGUAGGGAUGCACCGAAUUUUUGGGGUUCGUCCGAAUACCAAAUCCACUGGUUAAGAUUCUGCUGAAUCCAAAACCGAAUACCGAAUCCUACUCCCAUCUUCAGUCCAUUAACACAG